AGAAUCUAAAUGUUAGAAGAAGAUACCGUGCUAACUUUCCCUGGAUCAACUUGCUAACAUUAGCGCGCAGCGUCUAAGCUAGCUGUUGACCGUGCUGUGCUGCCAUGACAACGUUAGCCUAAGUUAGUUUAUGAUAGGGACCAAGAGACAGCUAAUAAAGCCACACAGUCACUGGUUUAUAAGAUGGCCGAUUCAUCUUCGCUCACCGAGCUGCCGCAAAUCAGCAACAACGACGUCUUGGAGCUCAACAAGGAUUUAGAGAGAAUGAUCGAACACAUCGAAAACAUAUCACUGCAGUUGACUUGCAUGGCUUAUGACAUGGUGGCACUGCGGACCAGUCCUGAGCUGGGGUCAUCUAUGAGGAAGCUGGAGGACGCUUAUCUUCAGUGCAGAGCUGCUGUCUGUGGAGACCAGGAGCUACAGAUGGACGACUGUCCUGAUCCUACUGCCACACCAACCCUUCCUCAGAUGUGAUGUGACUGUCAAAUCUUUCACUUACACUGAGGGGAUGUUGAAACAGUUUAAAAUGCAUUUUUUCUAUCAUUUAAAGUAAAAGCUACAGCUCUCUUUUCACUGUUGUAUUGCUUUCGAGAAGUAGACUGAUGGAUGUUUCUGCUCUGACUGUAGGCGUCAAUGUUCACACGGCCUGCAAAUGUUGUAUGUUUUGUAGACACUGAAGUGUUCUGAUCUGUUCAGUCAGUUGAUUAAACCAAAUAAAAGAAACAGAAAUAGAACA